CUCUCCGCUCUUUUCUGAAGUGUGUAGGUGCUGGCGGUUCUGUGCCUCUGCUGAGAGCCGAGAAAAGUACUCGCGCAAGCUUGGAGGCCAAGCUAUGGAUGCAGUGACCUAUGAUGAUGUGCACAUAAACUUCACUCAGGAAGAAUGGGUCUUGUUGGAUCUUUCCCAAAAGAGGCUCUACAAAGAUGUUAUCCUGGAGACCUACAGGAACCUCACUGCUAUAGGAUACAAAUGGGAAGAACACAAUAUUGAAGAACAUUGUCAAAAUUCUAGAAUACAUGGAAGGCAAGAAAGAAGUCACCCUGGAGAUAAACUCUAUGAAUAUAGACAAUGUGGUAAAGUUUUUGCAUGUCACAGUCAUCUUCAAAGUCAUGAAAGAAUUCAUGCUGGAGAGGAAUCCUGUGAAUGUAAUCAAUGUAAUAAUCACAGUACUCUUCAAAAUCCUGAAAAAAAUCAUACUGAAGAGAGACUAUAUGAAUGUAAUGAAUGUGGUAAAGCUUUUUCACAACAGAGUCAUCUCCAAAUACAUACAAGGACACAUCAUGGACAGAAACUCUAUGAAUGUAAGCAAUGUUGUAAAGCCUUUGCCUGUUGCAGCAGUCUUCAAAAACAUGAAAAAGAUCAUACUAGAGAUACAACCUAUGAGUCUAAGCAAAGUGGUAUAGACUUUUCACAUCAGGGUUAUCUCCAUAAGCAUAAAAGAACAUAUAUUGUACAGAAACACUAUAAAUGCAGUCAAUGUGAUAAAGUAUUUUCAAAACGUAGUAAUUUUCAAAGACAUAAAAGACUACAUACAGGAGAGAAACCCUAUGACUGUAACCAAUGUGGUAAAGGCUUUGCACUGCCCAGAUAUCUCAUAAAACAUAGAAGAACACAUAUCGGAGAGAAACCCUAUGAGUGUAAUCAGUGUGGUAAAGCCUUUGCACAGAGCAGUGGUCUUCAAAAUCAUGAAAGAAUUCAUACUGGAGAGAAACCUUAUGAAUGUAAUCAAUGUGGUAAAGCCUUUGCACAUCAGAGUUAUCUCCAGAAACAUGAAAAAACUCAUACCGGAGAGAAAGCCUAUGAAUGUAAUCAAUGUGGUAAAGCCUUUGAACAACAGAUUUAUCUUCAAAUUCAUGAAAGAGUUCAUACUGGAGAGAAACCGUAUGUAUGUAAUCAAUGUGGUAAAGCCUUUGCAUAUCACAGUCAUCUUAAAAAACAUGAAAGAACACAUACUGGAGAGAAACCCUAUAAAUGUAAACAAUGUGGUAAAGCCUUUGCACAACAGAUUCAUCUUCAAGUUCAUGGGAGAAUCCAUACUGGAGAGAAACCCUAUGAAUGUAAUCAGUGUGGUAAAGCCUUUGCAUAUAGCAGUAGUCUUAAAAAACAUGAAAUAGUCCAUACUGGAGAGAAACCGUAUAAAUGUAAUCAGUGUGGCAAAGCCUUUGCACAUCUCAGAUAUCUUCGAAAACAUGAAAGAACACAUACUGGAGAGAAACCCUAUGAAUCUAAUCAGUGUGGUAAAGCCUUUGCACAUAACAAUAAUCUUCAACAUCAUGAAAGAUUCAUACUGAAGAGAAACCCUAUGAGCAUAGUCAAUGUAGAAAACCCUUUUCAUAUCACAGUAGUCUUCAGAUUCAUACUUCAGAGAAACACUAAUGUAGUUAACGUGGUAAAGCCUUUGCACGUCAUAGUAGUCUUUACAUUCAUGAAAGAAUUCACACUGGAGAGAAGCCCUGUGAUGUAAUCAAUGUGGUAAAGCAUUGCAUAUCACCAUCACCUGCAAAUACAUAAAAGAACACACUGAAGGAAAAUGAUACAAAUGCAAUCAAUGUAGUAUAAAACCUUUCAACAUCACAGUUAUCUUCAAAUACAAAGGAACACAUACUGGAGAGUAACGUUAUGAAUGUAGUCAGCCUGUUAAAGCCUUUGCAUAUCACAGUUGUCUUUGAGGGCAUGAAAGUACUCAGGAAGUGAAUCUAUGAAUAUAAAGUGGGUUUUUUUCCCAUUGGUUUACUGUUUAUUCAGUGUUAAAUGUUACAGAGUUCAUACACUGUCGGAACCAUGCCUGAGAACCCAAAGGAAGAAAUGGUGCAAUGGACAGCCUCAUCCACCCAGACAGUGUAUUAAAACUUGAUUCAUAUGCAUUUUGAUAAUUUCACAAUCUUUAAAACUAUAACAAGACUUGGGAUUUACAUCUGCUGCAGGUCCUCAGCAUUCAGUACAGUGUGCCAUUAAAAAAACCUCAUCAUGUCUCCGUUCACUUCCUAAAA